CCAAGGUCCGGACAUCAGUGUCUUCAUAUGUAGUUAUGGCCAUGCUAGCUACCUAGUUUAAAUAUCAACAGUACUGCCACAGCAGCAUAACAUUUAAUUAACACUUGAUUUAGCCUACAUCAUCAUCAAUAUUAGGUCUGGUUGGCUGAUAUAGGCAGCAGAGGCAAAAAGAUAGAGUUCAAUCAAAAUCAGUAAAAGAAAUUGAGCUAGCUAACUAGCAGAUUUACAUAAAUCACCAACAUCAAUGAUCAGCUGAUAGCCCCCCUCUUUUCCCAAUGUCAAUCAUGUCUUUAGGAGGCACCGUAACUAGCUUACUUACAAUUUGUGAUGAUGAGUGUGUUGUUGCAGAAAUAAUUGGCCUAUGCAACAAAAAAUGUGUUUUUUUUGUUGCUAGAGUCAUUUGGUAUGCUAUGAAUUUCGAGAGUAUUUUUUUCAAGAGGGGAAGGGGGUGCCCUUUUUAUCAUUUUGAGCACCUGCCCCCUGAGAGGUAAUCCUUUGGUUGAAAUUUCACCCUCAAAACARUGUUGAUUACUUUUUUCAAAUCCAAUGCAWUUUCCACGUAACGUACAYUCCACGUCACAAUACGUUGACAAAUKAUGUUGAAACAACGUUGAUUCGACCAGUUUGCGCCCAGUGUUGUCUGUCUGUUCUUCAAAGGUUUCCACUGUCCCCUAGCUCCUCCCUCUCUGUACCUUGUGACAACAACAACUCAUCCAUAGAGCUUAGCGGUCUAGUGGAGCCGCACUUUCCAGCUCAUUCUCCUCYGGUCAUUCCUCCUCCUAUCUUUGAUCAUUGUCUCUCCGUGCUCAGCCAAAACCCUCAUUCACCACGUCUUUUCAGCAUAUCAUUCUACUCCCCAACUCAUCAGAGGAGCUAAACUCCCGUGGAUUAUUUCAUUUGGAAAUUCUCGACAGCUGCACUUUUUUUCCUGCAGGACUGGGUUUUAUACUUUGAACUUACUCUUCUUCCCCUAGGUGACCAUGGCCGUACCGGCUGCUUUGAUCCCGCCAACCCCUCUGGUCCAGCCGCCUUCGAUCUCUACUCCUUCAGCGACCACCUCCCCGCCGUCGACAACUUCACCCCCGUCUCCCUCAAUGGCCCCCUCCGGACAGAACCUGUUCCGCUCGGAGCUCCUCGGCACCAGUAGCCCCGGCAUCCUGACCCCGACCGGGGCUCUGCCCAGCAAGCCAGUAUACUUGACUCCGUCGCCUGUUGAGAACACCCCGCAGAACAACGAGUGUAAAAUGGUGGAGUUGCGGGGAGCGAAGGUGGCGUCUUUCACCGUGGACGGGUGCGAACUCAUCUGCCUGCCCCAGGCUUUCGAUCUGUUUCUGAAGCACCUGGUCGGAGGACUGCACACCGUGUACACCAAGCUGAAGAGACUGGAGAUCACGCCGGUGGUCUGCAAUGUGGAGCAGGUCCGCAUUCUGCGAGGGCUCGGAGCCAUCCAGCCAGGAGUCAACCGCUGCAAACUCAUUUCCAGAAAAGACUUCGAGACUCUGUACAACGACUGCACCAAUGCCAGCUCCAGACCAGGCAGACCUCCUAAGAGGAGCCAGAGUGUGACAUCGCCAGAGAACCCGCACMUCAUGCCACACUCUGUCCCCGGCCUCAUGUCCCCUGGAACAUUCCCAUCCUCAGGGCUGACAGCGGCGGCGGCGGCAGCUGCCAACGCGGCCAUCGCCGAGGCCAUGAAGGUGAAGAAGAUCAAGCUGGAGGUGAUGAGCGGCUACCGCAGCAACGCCAACCAGCAUGGGGCCGAUGGCGAGAACGGAGAUCUCAGCUCCGGCGUGGGUUUGGAACUGCCCUUCAUGAUGAUGCCCCACCCCCUGAUCCCUGUCAGCUUGCCCCCUGCUUCUGUUUCCAUGGCGAUGAGCCAGAUGAACCACCUCAGCACCAUCGCCAACAUGGCCGCCGCCGCACAGCAGCAGAGCCUGCCCUGCAGAAUGGUCACCUCAGUCAUCAAAGAGCGUGUCCCAGAUAGUCCCUCCCCCGCCCCUUCCUUAGAGGACGGCAGGAGGCCCGGCAGCCACCCAUCGUCCCACCGCAGCAGCAGUGUCUCCAGUUCGCCGGUCCGCACAGAGAGCUCCUCAGACAGGAUACGUACGUCCCCCUAUUCCCUCCCCAUGCAACGAGUCAGACUGGCUAACUGCGUGUUCAGUGCCGCAACCAUACAUCAGAAUGGUUUGUCUAUGAACCAAAUGAACCAAGCUCUGCUGGGCCUCUCCCCGAGCAUUCUGCCUGGGCCUAGAGAAGGAGACCUGGCCCACGACAUGAGCCACGAAGCAAAGAGGAUGCACGUCGACAAAGAUGACAAUCAUAUGUGCACCCCGACGGCGAGAGACAGCUACGAGAGGCUGUCACUGGCUGGACAAGGUCUACCACCUGGCUUCCCUUCGCCAUUCCUGUUCCCAGACGGCCUGUCAUCUAUUGAGAAUCUCCUCACUAACAUACAGGGCCUGCUGAAGGUGGCAAAUUGACAACGCGCGGGCCCGGAGAAGCAGGUGCAGCUGGAGAAGACGGAGCUGAAGAUGGAGCUGUUCAGGGAAAGAGAGCUCCGGGAGACCUGGAGAAACAGCUCGCUAUCGAACAGAAGAACAGAGCAAUAAUCCAGAAGCGUUUGAAGAAGGAGAAGAAGGCUAAGAGGAAACUGCAGGAGGCUCUGGAGUACGAGUCCAAGAGGAGGGAGCAGGCCGAACACUGCAUCAAACAGCCGUCACCCUCAGAGAGCCUGCGCUCAGUCAAUGACUCACUGAACCCAGAGAUGGAGAGUGACGCAGCAUGGAAGAACAGAUGUGAGAGGGCAA